GACAAUAUGGUAUAGAUCAUUCGGAUUAUCAAAAUCCACCCACCACUCACCCGAAUAAGUGUGGACAUGAGAUGUACCAAUCUACAAUCCACCCCACAUCAAUCAUCUAUAUGCACUGCCAUUCGAAUUAUUGAGUACUACGACUAUGAGCAGCGGGAACGGGUUUGUGCGGGGAUCGGGUACAUGGACCGGAAGUUCUUCUGCCUGUUCGACACGGGGGAUGUUAUGAUCUUUGGAAUCGGCGGCGGCAGCGGCGGCGGAGAGAGGACGAUGCUCCUGGCUACACCUCAGCUGAGGCCGGGACAGCUGGGCACGAGGGAUAGCCUGCGCGUCGUUUUGUGGUCGAAAUCCACGAGGAGGGAGGAAUCGCUGGUGGUGAGCUGGGUGCGACGAGGAGGUGAUCAUCAUCAUGGCGGCGGCAGGGGAAGUAGUAGUUUCCGGUUGAGUAUAGUUAAGCGUAAGAGGGAGUUACAAGAUGUGCAUAUCUAGUAUAUGGUUUUCUAAAGAUAAAUGAGCGUCCCGAUCGAGCAAGGAAAUCAUCAACAAAGUUACCUUCCGAUCGAUAUGGUCUUAUCGGAUUUGUCAAUCGAUCUAUUUUGACCCUCUCUAUUGAAGAGGUUUGUUAUCUCUCGAGGAGAUACAACACCUAGUUCACAUAAUGUGCAAUUCAUUCACGCCAUUUGGUAAUUAUUUCUAGUAUUUCAAUAUUUUUUCCACGUAACAAUUAUAUUUAUUCACCCAAAAUUAAUUGAACAACCAUUCCAAAGUUUUCAAUACACAAAAAAAAGAAGUUAAAACUCCACACCAAGGUAGGGAAAUUUUUUCAUUUUCCACCAACUUAUGAUACUUCGCUGGCCUUAACGGGCCAUAUUGGGCCAUCAGAGUUGGGCCAAUUCACGAACUGGAUAUUGGGCCUUGAUAAACAAAGAAGAAUCUACCUGGAAAAGUUGAAACAGUAAGAAAUUCGUCACUCCACUGAUCAAAACAUAGUAAAAGAAAAUUUCUUCCAGUGAUUAUUCAAAACAAAAGACUCACUCCCCC